UGCUGUGUCCAGGGUCUGUCAGGGUGUGUUCGUCUUCCCGCAGGGAAGGGGUCUUGGGACCAGAUUCCAGACCCCGCCGUCGGGAGGCACGGUGAGGAGACGUUGGGGACACAAUUCCGGGCACCACAGAUGCCGGAACCCUGCUUUCCGGUAGGUACACAGAACCUUUGAGGCCGAGGGACCUUUCAAAGCGCCCGCCAGCCCGGGGCCAAUCACGGCGCAGCUUCUUCCUGCGCUUCCGACCAAUCAUCAGCCGCCGUAUGUUGAGGGCAAAGAAAGGGAUUUGAAGCUUCGGGCGCGUGCUCUUUCCUGAAGGCUAGAAGGCGCUCCUCGACUUCCCAGCCGGCUCCCCGCUCCUCCGCCUAAAACAACAAAAAAGGGCGCCUGAGGCAGCCAUUGUGUUUGAGGGCAAGUGAGUCGGCGAGGCCUGAGAAGUCAGGAGACGCCAUAUUUGAUGUGCUCUGAGAAUGACGCUUUUAACAGUAGUCAGUGACAAUUGAAGCCAAGUUGCCGCCAUGUUUUCUGAAGGCAUCUUCCGGGUCCUCUAAGCGGGUGUCUAUGUCCAAGCGGCCAUGAAGUGAAUAAACACCAAGGGGUUUUAUUCGUCCCCAUCAGAAUCCCCGAAACCCCAGCAGCUAGUCCUCGCUACUUCGGUUCCCUCGGCUGCAUUCGGACGCCAAGGCUGGGCGGAGCCCGGGCCUGGGCAGCCCUUCCCGUGGACGACGAAAGCUGAGGCCAGGAGCCGGGAAGCGGUGGCCCCGGGAACAAGGCGGCCGCUACCCGGGUUGGGAGCCUCCAUGGCGCCGCCCCCAGCCUCGCUCCUGGCGCUAAGACCUGGGGAGACCCUGCCUGGUUUCAGGAAGGCCGGGGCCCUGAGGUUCGCGGACGUGGCCGUGUACUUCUCCCCGGAGGAGUGGGGGUGUCUGCGGCCCGCGCAGAGGGCCCUGUACCGGGACGUGAUGCGGGAGACCUACGGCCACCUGGGCGCGCUCGGAUUCCCGGGCCCCAAACCAGCCCUCAUCUCUUGGAUGGAACAGGAGAGUGAGGCUUGGAGCCCCGCCGCCCAGGAUCCUGAGAAGGGGGAAAGCCAGGGAGGAGCUCCAAGAGGAGAUGCACCAAGAGAGAAGGAAGAAGAAUCUGAAGAAGUGCCAGGACCCAAAGGACCCCAAAAGUCUUUGGGAAGUGAGCAGCCUGAAGAGCUGGCCAGACAUAACCCUGACCCAGCUACCAGUAUGCCCUCGGCAAGAGCACAGCCACCCACAAAAGGAGCCUGGGACCAGAUUACAGGUGCGCAGCCCCCUGUCUCGGCGUCUACUAUGGACGCUCAAGCCAACCAACGGCGCCACGUAUGUACAGACUGCGGCCGCCGCUUCACCUACCCCUCGCUGCUGGUCAGCCACAGGCGCAUGCACUCGGGCGAGCGGCCUUUCCCCUGCCCCGAGUGUGGCAUGCGCUUCAAGAGGAAGUUUGCUGUGGAGGCGCAUCAGUGGAUUCACCGCUCCUGCUCUGGGGGGCGAAGGGGCCGAAGGCCUGGCAUCCGGGCUGUGCCUCGGGCCCCCGUGCGAGGUGACCGGGACCCACCUGUGCUCUUCCGGCACUAUCCGGACAUCUUUGAAGAGUGUGGGUCGUGGGCGGCUCUGCGGACCCUGACCGGGCAAGGCCAGGCGGCUAGCUGGUGGUCCGGGCUGCUAGUUCUCAUGGCGCCACCUCUGGCCGGAUUCCCGGCCCGGGAACUAAAUCGGGCCUGGCCCGAGUGGAGGCAGCCCGGGGCCGUGAGGUUCGCGGACGUGGCCGUGUACUUCUCCCCGGAGGAGUGGGGGUGCCUGCGGCCGGUGCAGAGGGCCCUGUAUCGGGACGUCAUGCGGGAGACCUACAGUCACCUAGUCGCGCUCGGGGUCGGAGGCACCAAGCCGAAGCUCAUCUCCUGGGUGGAGGAAGAGGCAGAACUGUGGGGUCCAGAAGCCCAGGAUCUAGAGGGGGCAAAGUGCCUGACAGAAGCAAACGCAGCAGGCUCCAGAAACAAGGAAGCGGAAAGACAAAGGGAAGGGACUGAAGCCCUGGAGAAGACUCUUUCCAUGGAUGCUCCUGGGCUGAGGGCUCCCCAGCUCUUUUCUGCUGGCCUCCAUUACGGUUUGGAACAACCGUCCAAGGCACCUCGCCGGGGUCGCCCCCCAGUUUGUGCCCACCCACCUGUCCCACGAGCAGACCAGCGUCAUGGCUGCUACCUGUGCGGGAAGAGUUUUGCCUGGCGCUCCACGCUGGUGGAGCACCUGUACACCCACACGGGUGAGAAGCCCUUUCGUUGUCCUGACUGUGGCAAGGGCUUCGGCCAGGCUUCCUCCCUGAGCAAGCACCGGGCCAUCCACCGUGGGGAGCGGCCCCACCGCUGCCCUGACUGUGGCCGCGCCUUUACCCAGCGCUCUGCCCUCACCACACACAUCCGGGUCCACACAGGCGAGAAGCCCUUCCGCUGUGCUGACUGCGGCCGCUGCUUUAGCCAGAGCUCUGCCCUCUACCAGCACCAGCGGGUGCACAGUGGCGAGACCCCCUACCCCUGCCCCGACUGUGGCCGUGCCUUUGCCCACGCCUCGGAUCUCCGGCGCCAUGUGCGUACCCAUACAGGCGAGAAGCCCUACCCGUGCCCAGACUGUGGUCGCUGCUUCCGGCAGAGCUCUGAAAUGGCAGCCCACAGGCGUACCCACAGCGGCGAGCGCCCUUACCCAUGCCCUCAGUGUGGCAGGUGCUUUGGCCAGAAGUCAGCCAUGGCCAAGCACCAAUGGGUUCAUCGGCCAGGGGCUGAAGGGCGCAGAGGCUGGGGUGCCAGAGGAUUGUCUGUGUCCCUGACCCCUGGCCAAGGGGACCUGGACCCACCAGUGGGUUUCCAGCACUAUCCAGAAAUAUUCCAGGAGUGUGGGUGAUGGCCUUGUAAUGGACAAGGUAGAGAGUAAAGAUCUUGACAUUG